AUGUCUGGUCGCGGCAAAGGAGGCAAAGGUCUAGGAAAAGGAGGCGCCAAGCGUCACCGAAAGAUUCUUCGUGACAACAUCCAAGGCAUCACCAAGCCAGCUAUUCGUCGUCUUGCUCGCCGUGGCGGUGUCAAGCGAAUCUCUGGCCUGAUCUACGAGGAGACUCGUGGUGUUCUCAAAGUUUUCCUUGAGAAUGUGAUCCGUGAUGCUGUUACCUACACCGAGCACGCCAAACGCAAGACUGUGACCGCUAUGGAUGUGGUGUACGCUCUCAAACGUCAAGGACGUACUCUGUACGGAUUUGGCGGCUAG